UCAGUACUAUCCCUCAGGCCAACCCAAGAUACUGGUGCCAUUUUCCAAAUUGUGGAGGCCCUUUUACAUGUGAAAAAGAGAUGCUCAAGAGUUUCCUGGCCAUCUCCACAAAGUUUGCACACAAUGUCUAUCUUCAUCUGCUUAGCAGCUAGAUUACUCAAUACAGACAAAGUGUUAUUUAGGCAUCUCCAUAAGAAAUGCUUAAGUUUUCCUUUUACCUUUAGUUUCCAGGUUCUUUUCCUUGCUGCUUUAAGUUGUUGUGCACCAGAGCUCUCUUCCGGCAGAGAGCCAGAUCACCAGGAACUCCCACAGGCGACAGUGGUCGCUUUGUUCCGCGACUACCAUCUAGAAAAGUUUUCCGGCCAAGGAGAUCCUCGUGUAGCAGAUGAAUGGGUUCAGGUUCUCGAGAUUAUUUUCGAGGUCAUGAACUGCCCUGAUCGUUAUCGCAUGUUAUGUGCCCAGAUCCAGCUGACCGGUGAUGCCAGACUCUGGUGGCAAGCCUAUUGGAGUAUGCGUCCCGGUGAAAAAGACGGUUGUACGUGGGACCAGUUCAAGGAGUUGAUCCGAGAAAAAUAUUAUCCCUCGUAUUACCGAGCAGCCAUGGAGCGCCAGUUCUUGGCACUCACCCAGGGUACUCGUACUGUCGACGAGUACGAAAGAGAGUUCACCCGUCUCGGAGCCUUU